GUAAUGAACUAGGCUUGAUUUUUAAGACGCUUUCUUUUUGAUCAUAGCCGUCCCGGCCACACGUGGCGGUGUAAAAUAGGCUGAAAGAUGCCUCGCAUACCUACGGUUCACAGUAAAACCUAUGUCACUCCAAGGCGUCCUUUUGAAAAGGAACGUCUUGACCAGGAGUUGAAGCUGAUCGGAGAGUACGGUCUCCGUAACAAGCGUGAAGUCUGGCGCGUCAAAUACACCUUGGCAAAGAUUCGCAAAGCAGCCCGUGAGCUGCUCACCCUUGACGAGAAGGAACCCAAGAGGCUGUUCGAAGGUAAUGCCCUUUUGCGUCGUCUCGUCCGCAUCGGCGUGCUGGAGGAAGGCAAGAUGAAGCUCGAUUACGUGCUCGGCCUGCGCAUUGAGGACUUCUUGGAGCGCCGUCUCCAGACUCAGGUCUUCAAGCACGGAUUAGCCAAGAGUAUCCACCACGCCCGAGUGCUCAUCCGUCAAAGACACAUCAGGGUACGCAAGCAGGUAGUGAACGUGCCGUCAUUCGUGGUCCGCCUGGACUCUGAGAAGCACAUCGACUUCUCCCUCAAGUCCCCCUUCGGUGGCGGACGCCCCGGCCGCGUCAAGAGGAAGAACAUGCGCAAGGCUCAGGGCGGCGCUGCUCAGGAGGAAGAGGACGAAGAUUAGACUUUGGCUCCUGGUCAACCUGUUUAAUAAAAAGUGGCUCGUGUUGCCAUUUCA